AUGGCUCCCCGCAACUCCUCUUCCAGCGCGUCCAACACUUCAAAACAACCUCUCAAGAUCCUUAUGCUCCAUGGUUACACACAGUCCGGCUCGUUAUUCCGCGCAAAGAGCGGUGCUCUUGCCAAAUCCCUGCAAAAGUCCUUCCCUCUUCAUGAAGUUUCGUUCUCGUAUCCCACCGGCCCGCUUCGUCUUGACCCGGCCGAUAUCCCCGGAUAUACACCUGCGAACGAUGGUGAAGAUAGUAAAGAGAAGGAAAUUGAAGCCUACGGGUGGUGGCGUCGCUCUAACACAACAGAUCCUCCUGAGUACAUCGGUCUGGAAGACGGGUUGAACACAGUCGCCAAGGUCCUCCGGGACGAAGGGCCUUUCGACGGAGUGGUUGGCUUCUCGCAAGGCGCAAGCAUGGCCGCGAUGAUCGCGAGUCUCCUCGAGCCUAACCGCGCCGCUGCAUUUGCGCAUUUCACUGACGCAAAAACCGCAUCGGAUGGCUUCGAUCUCCCGGAGGAUAAACUCGUGUCGGGGAUUCCGUUUCCUUCAUCUUUUGACCCUUCCAAUCUCUCCCAUCCUCCUCUCAAGUUCGCCAUCUGUUACAGUGGAUUCCGUGCACCGGGACCGCGAUACCGCGGGUUCUAUGAGAAUCCCCCGAUUCAGACUCCCGUACUUCAUGUCCUGGGUUCUUUGGACGCUGUGGUGGAGGAGAGCAGGAGCAGGGCUUUGAUCAAUGCAUGCGCCGGAGAUCCGGAAAAAGAAGGAAAAGUCGUGUGGCAUCCUGGUGGUCACUUCUUGCCUGGUCAAAGGGCAUAUUUGGAUGCAGCGGUUGUGUUCGUCAGAAAAUGCCUAGACGGCGAUAGCAACAAAACAAAGAAUGAGGAAGAGAAAGUCGAAGACAUGGAUGUGCCCUUCUAA